AUGGACAUGACAAGUAGCGCCGUGUGGUUCACUGUGGCUCUUGUUCUCAUCACUCUCGUACUCAGGAUUAUAAAACAAAAGAUUGCCGUUGCUUCAGCCAGUGGGAAACCACUUCCACCAGUGGUGAAUUGUUUUGCUUUACUAAGACUUUGGCCUAGCCUUUAUUCAAAGGAUCUUCCAUCGAAGAUAAACUUUCUAUACAACAAGUAUGGCAGUGUGUUCACAAUUAGUCUGUUUGGAAAUCAUGUAACCCUCUUGAUCGGACCAGAGGUCUCAGCUCAUUUCUUUCAAGGAUUGGAUUCAGAUAUUAGCCAUGGUAAUCUUCUUGAGUUCACUGUGCCCAUGUUUGGACGAGAGGUUGCUUACGGUGUUGAUAUCCCCACUCGGAAUGAGCAGGCUCGUUUUUAUGUUGACGCAUUCAGGCAGUCAAAGUUGAGGAGACAUUUUGAUCCCAUGCUUCAAGAGGUAGAGGGCUACUUUAGCAAAUGGGACAAGGAAGGCAUUGUUGACUUAAAACAUGAAUUUGAAGAGUUACUCAUGUUGAUAUCAAGCCGCUGUCUAUUAGGAAAAGAGGUUCGAGAGAAGAUGUUGGAUGAGUUCUAUACUCUGUUUCGUGAUAUCGAGAGCGGAGUGAACUUGAUGAGUGUCUUCUUCCCAUACAUCCCAACCCCAGCAAACCGUAGGCGUGACAAGGCACAUGCCAACCUAGUAGAGUUACUCUCUGAAAUUGUGAGAUCACGGAAGAGCUCUAGCAGGGUUGAGGAGGACGUGCUACAGAAAUUGAUGGAUUCCAAGUAUAAAGACGGCCACUCCACAACCGAGACAGAGGUAGCAGGAUUGAUAAUUGGAUUGAUCUUUGGUGGAAAGCACACAAGCUCUCAUGCUACUACCUGGACCGGAGCUUGCCUACUCAGCCAUGCAAAAUUCUUAACAUCUGCAUCUGAGGAGCAAAAGGAAAUCAUGACGAAAUACAAGGGUAAAAUAGAAUAUGAUGCCUUGUUAGAGAUGGAUACUCUGCAUAGUUGUAUCAAAGAGGCACUUCGGAUGAACCCACCAGCACCAAUGUUGCUUCGCAAGGCACAUAAACAUUUCACAGUGCGGACAAAAGAAGGCCAAGAGUAUGGCAUUCCGAGAGAGCAUACUAUCGCAAGUCCUAUAGUGCAAAACAAUAACAUGCCUAACGUUUAUAAGGAUCCUCACUUGUAUGACCCAGAUAGGUUUGGUCCGGCAAGACAGGAGGACAUACUUGGUGGCAAAUUCUCUUUCACAUCAUUUGGUGGUGGAAGGCAUCUUUGCGUUGGGGAGGCCUAUGCCUAUAUGCAAAUUAAAAUAAUAUGGAGCCAUUUGCUAAACAAUUUUGAUCUCACACUGUUGUCUCCUUAUCCCAAAACUGAUUGGAAUAAGUUAAUCCCGGAGCCUCAAGGAAGUAUGAUGGUCAGCUAUAAGAGACGUCGACUGCAAGGCUAG